AAAACCCGGAGCGCAGAGCUCGGGGCCGGCGGCCGCACUGGGCAUGCUCAGUCGCCGGGGCAGGUUUUUCGGUCGCAAGUAGGAAGCUUUCUGCACUACACCGGAGAGGGGGAGCCGCCGAGCCCGCCUCGCCGCCGAGCUCCGCGCCCGCCCCACCCGGCCCGGCCCCGCGGCGGGGCGAUGAGCCCGAGCCCCCGCCGGCCCGCGGGGCAGUGAGCGCGGCUCCCGGGCGCGUGGCGCAGCCGCUCCUGCGCACAGCCCGCCGGCCCGCACCGGCCCCGGAGCUCCGGCCGGGAGCAGGAAGCGCAGGCCACGCAGGGACCCAAGUGGAACAAAGUGUCGGCCGCCUCCCUGCCCCGCGCGCCGCCCGCAACUCCGCCGCCCGCCAUGGCCUCCGAGGAGCUGUACGAGGUUGAAAGGAUUGUUGACAAAAGAAAAAACAAGAAAGGGAAGACUGAGUAUUUAGUUCGGUGGAAAGGUUACGACAGCGAGGAUGAUACUUGGGAACCAGAACAGCAUCUUGUGAACUGUGAGGAAUAUAUUCACGAUUUUAACCGACGUCACACAGAGAAGCAGAAAGAGGGCACAUUCACCAAAACAAAUAGGACGUCUCCAAACAAUGCCAGGAAACAGAUUUCCAGAUCUACCAACAGCAACUUUUCCAAGACCUCUCCGAAAUCACUAGUAAUCGGCAAAGAUCACGAGUCUAAGAAUACCCAGCUGUUUGCUGCCAGCCAGAAGUUCAGGAAAAACACAACUCCCUCCCUCUCGAACCGAAAGAGUAUGGACCUCACAAAAUCAGGUAUAAAGAUCCUCGUGCCUAAAAGUCCCAUUAAGAGCAGGACCGCAGUGGAUGGCUUUCAGAACGAGAGCCCGGAGAAUCCGGACCCAGUGGAGCAGGCACAGGAAGACUCGGUGCCACCUGAAGUGACGGCCGAAAAGCCGGUGGGAGCUCUACUGGGCCCAGGCGCAGAGCGAGCUAGAAUGGGGAGCAGGCCCCGAAUACACCCUCUGGUGCCUCAGGUGCCCGGCCCCGUGACUGCAGCCAUGGCCACGGGCAUAACCGUCAAUGGAAAAGGUGAGUGUGCAGGUGCAUCUCCAUUUAUGGACGCAUUGACAGCCAACGGGACAGCCAACUUACAGACAUCGGUCACAGGAGUGACAGCCGGGAAAAGGAAAUUUAUUGAUGACAGAAGAGACCAGCCUUUUGACAAGCGGUUGCGUUUCAGUGUGAGGCAAACAGAAAGCGCCUACCGAUACAGAGAUAUUGUUGUCAGGAAGCAGGACGGCUUCACCCACAUCUUGCUAUCAACCAAAUCCUCAGAGAAUAAUUCUCUAAAUCCAGAGGUGAUGAAGGAAGUGCAGAGUGCCCUCAGCACCGCAGCCGCUGACGACAGCAAGCUGGUGCUGCUUAGCGCGGUGGGCAGCGUCUUCUGCUGCGGCCUGGACUUCAUCUAUUUCAUACGGCGGCUGACAGACGACAGGAAACGAGAAAGCGCUAAGAUGGCCGAAGCAAUCAGGAACUUUGUGAAUACUUUCAUCCAGUUUAAGAAGCCCAUUAUUGUAGCCGUAAACGGCCCAGCCAUUGGACUCGGAGCAUCCAUUCUGCCCCUUUGUGACGUAGUUUGGGCCAACGAGAAGGCUUGGUUUCAAACUCCAUAUACAACCUUUGGACAGAGUCCAGACGGCUGUUCCACUGUGAUGUUUCCUAAGAUUAUGGGCGGAGCAUCUGCAAACGAGAUGCUGCUCAGUGGGCGGAAACUCACGGCGCAGGAAGCGUGCGGCAAAGGCCUGGUGUCCCAGGUGUUCUGGCCGGGGACCUUCACCCAGGAAGUCAUGGUUCGGAUCAAGGAGCUGGCCUCGUGUAAUCCAGUCGUGCUGGAGGAGUCCAAGGCCCUGGUGCGCUGCAACAUGAAGACAGAGCUGGAGCAGGCCAACGAGCGCGAGUGUGAGGUGCUCAAGAAGAUCUGGGGCUCGGCACAAGGCAUGGACUCGAUGCUCAGGUACUUGCAGAGGAAGAUAGAUGAGUUUUGAUGGCUCCGCCUGCCCGGCACUCAGGGGCCAGGCUGGGCCCCGCGGCCUGAAGCACAUCGCCAUGUUGCUCAUGCUUUGGAAGCAGGACUUGAAACAUCUAAGCUAUUUAUUACCAAGGAGUUUUUCAGUACUGUGACUUUAAAAUAAAUAACUACAAAACUCCUUUGCCCAAACGUCAUGAUUUGAUAUUCACUAUACACAAGUAUAGAAAUGUAAUACUGAGCUCUAGGCUGCUCUUUGAAGCUCUGAUUUCUGUCUCCCGACUAGUACUGUAUAACAAAGAACAGUGUAUUUUGCUGGCUUGGGGUGGCAGAAAAGUCUGGAGUAACGUCUGUUUUUCCUGAUUUUGUCCUCCUAGAACACAGACUCUAAAGACCUAUUAGCCAGCCUCAUCUGCCCUGUCCCAGAUGCAAAGAUCUGAGACGUGCCUUUCUUUCCAAGAAGGUACUCUUACCUCAGAGCCGGAAAAUUCUAGUCAGAAUUACUUUUUUUAAGACAAAUAUUUUCUGAUAAAACCCCACUUACAAGCAUACCCCCCAGAUUACGUGUAUGCUAAGAAUCUACGCUGAGAAUCCAUGGAUUCUCCUUUUCAAAUUGUGUUCAGUUCUUACCCGGUUAGUGUGAAGAAACCACGGUCUCUAGAGAAAGCUUGGUUUGUGGUACUAGUGAGUCACUGAACAGCCUAAGUUACAAGGUAGUCCUAGUGAGGUUUUAAUAAUUAGUUUUUCUGACCCUUUAAAAAAAAUAACUACAUAAGUGCUUCUUGUUGCUGGGUGAGAAAAAAGACUUUAUAUGCAGUUUUGGUUUUGUAUUUGCAGAUUUGAUUGAUGUAUUACACCAAAAAAAGUAUUUUUAUGUUUAUAAAGUGUAAUUUUUAGGCUCACUUAGAAUAUAUUUUAUUUAAUAAGUUAAAAUUCUUUUGGCACACUAUUAAAUGCUGAAACUUGUUUUUAAAAAAAAGAAAAGAAAAAAACUACCUUCUAUCGGACGUUCAAUGUUCCAUGUCUCGGCGUCCGCACAACGCACUGAGGCCGUUGUGGUGUCCGAGACUGCCUGUGUCCAUGGACUCCACAUUCCUUCCCAGGAGUGGGAGUGAUUCCUGUUCACAGAUGCCUACUACUAGUUAGGCUUGCAAUCAUAUUGAAUGUAUGAAGAAUGAAAUAGUCAAAAUCUUAUUUUUGUACAGUUUUGAAGUUUAUACUUAAAACCGACCACCUCCCGACCGUGUGGAGAGCUGUACAGAGUGUAAAUCCGCCUUUACCUUGGAUUGGUUGGUGCAGUAUUUUUUGCAUCUGUGGGACCUACUUUUUUUGUUGAGUAGUUUGAAUUCUAUAUAUAAACUGUACAAUCUGUAAAGUUUUUAUAGAAUAAAUAUUCAGCUGUGAAAAACUGGUUAAAUAAAACUAAUAUUUCUUAACACAUUUAAAA